AUGUGGACCGUUGUGCAGCAGCGGCAGCAACCCUCACGCAGACGUCGAGAAGCCAAUGCCGCGAAAUCAGCGGGUGGUGGCAAAGGCGUCUCCUCAUUAGUUACAACAAUCCCGUCCCGAAGUACCGCAGCAGAGGUGAAGCAUCUUCGCAAGGCUGCGCGGUUCCUCCGGGGGUUGGCGUUCGUGCGGAGGGAUGUCAUCUCCCCACUACGACAUUUUCUGAAUGCGCAUUCCAAUGGUCUCACCGGAAUCAAACUCGUUGCUUUAGGUAUUGGACCGUUUACGUAUGAGGAGUCACGUGCAGGGUUUCUACAGAUGGCUCUAUUUAUUGUUUUACAAUCGGAGUGCGAGUCCUUCGUCCGACAUCUGAUCAGAUCGAAGUUAUCAUCAGUCCCUUCUAACAAUGGGGAUGGUCUGCAACCUUCUACGCCCACCGUCAGGGCUUGUUUCUUUGACCCUGUGGCUACUGAAGUGCACACGAAGUGCUGCGAUAAAUUGGGAGUGGUGAUGGAAGAGUGCAAUCUGUACGGUGCAUAUAUUCCUGGUCACCCGCAUGCGUUGCUCAUCGCGUACCUUCCUCAUUCACCGUGGGUACUGUUGCGCAAUUUGUUCGUCUCUAAUCUUACGAAAAUCUCCGAGUGCCCCGCUGGCGGUGAGGGUGGUGUCAAUAAGGUGGACAGUUUAGUGUUGCGGCGCACGUUGGUGAUUGGAAACGAUGUAAAGAAGGGGCCAUGCGUGUCCGACACUUUUUUAGAGAAACUGGGAGCGUACCUCCACAUCGGCGAACUUCAUGUGCGGGGCCGCAGGAAACAAUGCGUGGAAAGUUUUGUUGAAUGUGUUAGCGAUACCUGUGAUGAUGUUGGCGAUGUCGGGGAGGUUACUGUCUUUGACGGUUUGACAGGAAUCAGUAGGCAUGAUAUUGUACAGGCAUUUUCGGAAACUUCGGUCAUGCAGUUGAACGAACGUAGUGAGUUGUUGCUUUUGGAUGAAUUAAAGCGCAUUCGCAUUCCUCCCCUUACAUGUGUGGGACUUGAUAUGGUGUAG